UUGCUGACUUUUGAGCCGCAACUGUAGUGCGGAAAAACCAUUCUAUGAGACAAAGAUCAGGAGAGAUCCAUGAAUUUUGUUGACUGUCAUGAACUUUGUGGUUCUCUGCCUGCUAAGCUUUCUUCUUAGCCUCACCUGCGAAGCGGCACCCACUUUCUAUACCGACUUCUGCGAAAAGUCAUCAAAUUUCACACCCAAUGGUACUUACCAAACCAAUCUCAAUUCUCUCCUUGCUUCUCUGGUCUCUAACGCAACUAACGUCAAUGGAUCCUACGACAGUACUAGUGGUCAACCCUCUUCUGAUGUGGUGCUUUACGGCCUCUUUCUCUGUCCCGGAUAUGCCAAUACAAGUAGUUGCCAGGAAUGUGUCGCCGCCGCUGCCGAAGACAUAGUUCAACCAUGCCCUUUAAAGAAAGAGGCCUACAUUUGGUAUGAUGCGUGCUUGCUGCGUUACUCCAACCGUUUCUUAUUUACUAGAGAGGACAUAGAACCUGGGGUUGUUGGACCUGAUCCAAUGAAUGUUACAGAGCUAGACCGGUUCAAUCAGUUGUUGGCUGCAACGCUUGACGAGUUAGCGAGUAAAGCUGUGAGUGAUUAUUCGGAUAAAAAGUUGGCUACGGAAGAGAAAGAGUGUACUAGUAAUCAGACGCUCUACACUCUGGUGCAGUGCACACCGGAUUUAUCUGAGACUGGUCGCUUUCCAUGUCUUCAAAGCACGAUUGCUUCCUUUUCACAGUGUUGUUCUGGCGUACAGGGCGCAACAAUAUUUGCUCCGAGUUGUGUUGUUAGAUUUGAAAUGCACCCAUUUUACAGGAAAAACACCACAGAUCGAGAGCGUUCACCUCUAGUAACCAAUUCUAAAGGGAAAAGGAAGGUCUCAUCACAGUUGAUUAUUGCCAUUACUACUCCAGCUGUUGUUUCUUUGCUGUUAUUGGUCUUCCGAAUACAUGCCCUAAGAAUACGAAAAGCGAAGAAGAAAAUUAACGCUGUAGAAGAAGAAAAUGGUAAAAAAAGAGCUGCAGAAGAAGAAAAUGAAACAAUCACAGAUAUACAGUCUUUGCAAUUUGAUUUCAGCACAAUUGAAGCUGCUACAAACAACUUUUCUGCUGAUAACAAAAUAGGAAGAGGUGGAUUCGGGGAUGUUUACAAGGGUAAGCUGUGUAAUGGACAAGAAAUUGCAGUGAAGAGGCUAUCUAAAAGCUCAGGGCAAGGUGCAGAAGAAUUUAAGAAUGAAGUUGUAUUGGUUGCCAAACUUCAACACAGAAAUCUUGUAAGGAUGUUGGGAUUCUGCAUGCAAGGAGAAGAGAAGAUACUGAUAUACGAAUAUUUGCCCUACAAAAGUCUUGACAACAUUCUAUUUGAUCCUGAAAAACAAGGUCACUUGGAUUGGUCGAGACGUUUCAAAAUCAUAGUAGGAAUCGGAAGAGGAAUCCUUUAUCUUCAUGAGGAUUGUCGGCUACGAAUUAUACAUCGUGAUCUCAAAACAAGCAAUAUAUUGUUAGACGAAGAUAUGAAUGCAAAAAUCUCUGACUUUGGAUUGGCAAGGAUUUUUGGUGCGGAUAAAACUCAGGAUAUUACACGAAGGAUUGCGGGGACAUUAGGAUAUAUGCCUCCUGAAUAUGCGCUUCAUGGGCGAUUCUCUGUGAAAUCGGAUGUGUUCAGUUUUGGGGUCUUGGUUCUGGAAAUCAUUAGUGGGAAGAAAAACAGUAAAUUCUAUCAAUUACACAGUGGUGAAAGCCUCAUGAAUUAUGCUUGGAGACACUGGAGCGAUGGAACACCCUUAGAAAUUUUGGAUCCAACAUUGGGAACGUCCUAUUCGAAACCCGAAGUCAUUAGAUGCAUCUGUAUUGCCUUAUCAUGUGUUCAGGACGAUCCGGCUGACAGACCAACAAUGGCAUUAGUAGUUCUCAUGCUUAGCAGUUUGUCAAUCACCACACCGUCACCCGGGAGACCUGCAUAUUUUCUUGGUAGCGACACAGACCUAAGGAGGGAGCAGUGUUAUCAACCUGCAACAAAUUCAAUUAAUGAAGUAUCAGUUACUGAAUUAUUACAUCCGCGCUAGAGCUGGCGCAGCUCAUUUGAUGUGGAUCAAAAAUCAUUUAAAAGUCUAGUUUUUUUCAAUUAGUUUUAGGUCUUGUUUACUUUUUAUUUAAGUUAGUAUUAUUCUUAGGAUAAUAUUAUAGGAGGAUAAUAUUAUAGGGUUUUAUUUAACUUUUAGAAGUGAUGGCAUUAUCGUAAUUGUCAGGGUAGUGAAAAAAACGAAAUUAGUUAUUUAUUAGUAUUGUAUUAUAAUAUUUUAGGAUGUCUAUUGUUGGUUAAACUUUUAGGGCUCAAUUUGGAGUAGUUUUUAUUUCUUUAUUAGUAUUAUAUUAUGAUAUUUUAGGAUGUCUAUUGCUGGUUAAACAAGUAGUAUUUUUUAGGGGUCAAUUUGGAGUAGUUUUUAUUUCUAUUUAGUAUUGGUUUUCAAUUAGGAGUGGUUUGGGGUUUUCCUAUUUAAAGAUUGUAAUUUGAGAGAAAACUUUGAAUUUUAUUCAAUAAUAAUAUAGAAUUUUUUGUUGGGUUU